UUGACGAUUUCGUAUAAUCUUAUCCUAUCAAAUUAAAACGCAAAAAUGAAAAACCAAAAAGUUAGUAAGAGUUCAUUGAGAAAAAUAUGGAUUCUCACCAGUUGUUUCUGUUUGCAUUUCUUUUAAUCCUCCAUUUCACUUUUUGUUUUUCCAGGGACAUCAUAGCCAUAAACCAAAUCUUUAAAGAUGGUAAUCUUUUAAUUUCCAAAGAAGAGAAUUUUGCAUUAGGAUUUUUUAGUCCUGGAAAUUCCACGUAUAGAUAUCUUGGGAUUUGGUUUCAUAAAGUUCGAGAGCAAACUGUGGUGUGGGUUGCAAACAGGAACCAUCCAAUCAACGGUUCUUCAGGAGUUUUAUCUAUUAAUCAAUAUGGAAAUUUGAUUCUCUAUAGUGACAAUAACCAGAAAGUUCCAGUAUGGUCUACAAAUGUGUCUAUGGAAGUGACAGAUACUUGUUUACCUCAGCUCUUGGACUCAGGAAACUUAAUUUUGGUCCAAGAUAGAAGCAAAAGAGUUGUUUGGCAGAGCUUUGAUUACCCAACAGAUACUCACUUACCAGGAAUGAGAAUUGGGUUGAACCAAAAAACUGGUUUUCAGCAGUUUCUAACGUCUUGGAGAUCACCAGAUGACCCUGCAACUGGAGACUACUCUCUUCAGCUCAUUGCAAAAGGAUCACCGCAAUUUGUUCUUUACAAGGGUGCAAAUCCACAAUGGCGAAGUGCCCCCUGGCCCAUAAAAAACUUUGUUGAUUUUCGAAAUUUCACUUUUGUCAACAGGGAAGAUCAGAAAUUCGUUACUUAUCUUCUUAUUGAUACUUCGAUUAUCUUUAAAAUAAUGUUGGAGUAUUCAGGAAUCUUUAAGCAGCAAAUAUGGCAUGAAAGUGAAGGCAAAUGGAAAGAUCUCAGGUCAGUUCCUAAGCAUGUCUGCGACCCAUAUGGACAUUGUGGUAUCAAUAGCAGGUGCGAUCCUCAGCAAAUUAAUCGUGGUUUUGAAUGUGAUUGCUUACCUGGAUACAAACCCAAGUCCCCGAGAGACUGGAAUAUUCUGAAGGAUGGGUCAGGGGGGUGUGUCAGGAAGCGACUACAAUCAUCCUCAAUGUGUAUGCAUGUCGAAGGAUUUGUACAAGUCGCACAUGUUAAGCUUCCUGAUACUUCAGGGGCAGUGUGGGUGGGCAUGAACACAAGUCCUAUGGAUUGUGAAAAGGAAUGCAAAAGUAAUUGCUCAUGCUCUGCAUUUGCAAGCAUCGAUUUACCUGGGAGAGGGACUGGUUGUUUGGCAUGGUUUGGAGAACUAAUUGACUCAGUUGAUUCCAUGGAUGAGGGAUACGAUAUUUAUGUUCGUGUUGAUGCAAUUGAAUUAGCUAUUUCACAAAAAUCACAAGGUUUUCUUCAAAGGAAGGACAUGUUGGCUAUUCUAGUAGUAUCUGUUGUUUCUGCCUGGUUCAUCAUCAUUCUAUUUUCUUAUUUAUGGCUCAAGAAGAAGAGGACAAGGGUUACAAAAAAAUGGAACCGAAAAUUGCUCGACAUCGGUACUUUAGUGGCGAAUGAAGUUGGAGGUAGCACAAGUCAUCCAGAAAUUGUAUUUUUCAAUCUCAGCUCCAUAAUUGCUGCCACAAAGAAUUUCUCUCCAGCGAACAUAAUUGGACAAGGUGGUUUUGGCUUUGUCUACAAGGGUCAGCUCUCUAAUGGACAGGAGGUUGCUGUGAAAAGACUAUCAAAAAAUUCAACGCAAGGAAUAGAAGAAUUUAAAAAUGAAGUUAUAUUGAUUGCAAAGCUGCAGCACAAGAAUCUUGUGAAACUCCUUGGAUGUUGCAUUCAAGGAGAAGACCCAAUUCUAAUAUAUGAAUACUUGCCAAACAAAAGCUUGGACUCUUUUCUUUUUGAUGAAACACGAAGGUCAAUCUUGGAUUGGAGAACACGGUUCGACAUUAUUGUUGGGAUUGCUCGUGGGAUCCUAUAUAUUCACCAAGACUCUAGAUUGAGAAUUAUCCAUAGAGACUUAAAAACUAGUAAUAUUUUAUUGGAUGCUGAGAUGAAUCCAAAAAUUUCAGAUUUUGGCCUGGCUAGAAUCUUCAAAGGAGAUCAAAUUCAACAGAAGACGAAAAAAAUUGCUGGAACAUUUGGUUACAUGUCGCCGGAAUAUGUGUUAUUCGGAAAAUUUUCGACAAAAUCCGAUGUCUUUAGUUUUGGGGUCAUAUUACUGGAGAUCAUUACAGGAAAGAAAAACAAUGAUUUUGUCGGAAAGGAUUAUUGUCUAAGCUUGUUAGGACAUAUAUGGCAUUCAUGGAGAGAAGAUAGACAAUUGGAGAUAAUUGAUUCAUCACUAAAGGAGUCCUACCCUCCUCUCAAGGCUUCAAGAUGCAUCCAAAUUGGGCUGUUAUGUGUGCAAAAGAAUGUAAUGGACAGACCAACCAUGUCAACCGUUGUUCUAUGGUUGAACAGCGAAAUAAAUCUUCCGCCUCCGAAAGAACCAUCAUUCAUUUUUAGAGAGUUUGCUGACAAAUCUAAUUCAUUUGUGACAGGAGGAGGAUUUUGUUCUGCAAAUGAGGUAACAAUUACUGAUGUUGUAAGUCGCUGAUGUUGCUUUUACAAAGCAUUUAACAGUCUAACGUUUAACCUUUAGUUUUUCAAAGGUUGAUGUGUGGCUAAAAAUAACCACUAACCAUAGCAUGCUUCUCAUUUUUUCACUAAAUUGACAGUGCUUGUACUUGUUCAAUA